UCUUGUACCCUCCUCCUUCCGCGGAUUUUAUCGUCUUCCCUGCUUCUUAGAGUUCGGACCGUUCUUGACCGCCCAAAGCUACUGUAGAUACACCGUGCAGCAAGUGCCAACCGACGUCCCUUACAUCGACAUCGCAAACCAACGACGGCAAAGUGUCCUCCAUCAAGUCCUCGCAAUAUGGCUUCCAAGUUUCUUCGCGAAUACAAACUAGUCGUAGUCGGAGGUGGUGGUGUGGGCAAGUCUUGUUUGACUAUCCAACUGAUUCAGAGUCACUUCGUCGAUGAGUACGAUCCAACAAUCGAAGACUCGUACCGCAAGCAAUGCGUGAUUGACGAUGAAGUUGCACUUCUUGAUGUGCUGGAUACUGCCGGUCAAGAGGAAUACUCUGCCAUGAGAGAACAGUACAUGCGGACUGGCGAAGGUUUCCUACUGGUGUACUCGAUAACUUCGAGGCAAUCGUUUGAGGAAAUCAUGACGUUCCAGCAACAAAUCCUUAGAGUAAAGGAUAAGGACUACUUCCCUAUCAUCGUCGUUGGAAACAAAUGCGAUUUGGAGUCAGAGCGGGAGGUCUCAACCCAAGAGGGCCAGAACUUGGCACGACAAUUCGGAUGCAAAUUUAUCGAGACGUCCGCAAAAUCACGCAUCAACGUUGACAACUCAUUCUACGAUAUUGUAAGGGAAAUUCGCAGAUAUAACAAGGAGAUGUCGUCAUGGGGAGGAGCCCAGGGACAGGGAGCCAUCGGCCAUACUCGCAGCAAGAUGGAUAUGGAGGAUGGCGAGAAGAAGAGCGGAUGCUGUGGAUGCACCCUGAUGUAGGAAAUGGGAAUGAAAAGGCGUUUGGACAGAGUUUGGAUGAAAUCCACGUCUGUCAGUACUUGUGAAGCUGGUUAAUCUCCGGAAUCCUCAGUUUACGGAUCUCGCAAUCACCAAUCACCUCCCAGAGUGAAACAGGGCGAAAAGACUUGACGGUCAGACUUUAUAUCACCUUUUAGUGUCACAAGACUUAAUGCUGCCUUUCUCGUGGUCAUCGAUUAUCACAGUCUAAGACCGCUCUUUCUUUUCGUUUUCUUGUCUCGACCAUUUUGGCAACUUUCAUUACAUCUCUCUACCCAUUUACUUGGGUUGGCGUUGCGAU